GUUUUCUUUCCGACCUCAAUUGGUUUAAACUUCCUCGUACAAAGAUGACGACGUUGGUAUCACAAACGUCGUAGAUGGAGGAAACACAUGUUUCCCCUGCAACACACCACCCAUCCACGGCCAUACGACAUGCAAUACUGGGGUUAUUGAUUGCAAAACGAGAGAGAACGCUUUUACCGCCUGCUUGCAGGAUUCUCAUAAAAUAUGCUGGCUGGUCACGUGGUCUGUAGUGUUAGCCAUCAUGGAUUGUUGAUUGCGGGAAUGGAAGUGAGAUUCGUCUUGUUGUACACCGUCUAGGUGUGAAUGGUAUCCCGUGCUUGUUGAAGUCAGGUGUGAGCGAAGUGUCGCGUGGUUUCAACGCUGAUUAGUAUGCAGAUGACCGGCGAGAGCAGGCUGGAGUGGGCAGAGACAAGUGGCGCCGAGGACGUCCGACGCCAGGACAGGUAUGGGGGCAACUUCUCAAUCCCCGAGUUCAAACCCUGGGGCGCCCAAGGUGCUGUCGCCACAGUGUCCGUCAUAUUCACGUUCUGGAUCGUGCUGGCGAAUGCCUUCCUCAUAGCAGUUAUUCUAACCAGUCGAUACCUACGUACCCAGAGACCUACACUGUACGUCGUGCAAAUAGCAUUAGCAGAUCUGGCGGUUGGGGUGUUUUACUGUCCGCUGGCAGCAGACUUCUACCUUCAGCAGGUGUGGACACAUGGUUGUGAGAGUUUGUUCAUCUGGAAUACGUUUCUUUACUACACGACAUUCGUUAGUGUUCAUGCCUUAGGAUUGAUAAAUCUGAAUCGUCUUUUCGGCCACUGCUGUCGUCUUCAGUUUGGACCGAAAGUGAAGUUAGCCCUGAACUUGACCUUGGUCGUUCUGCUGUGGCUCUACUUGGUCUUCUUCGGCCAAUCUGUCUGGAACUUUAGAGCAACUGAAGCCGUCAUUGUCCACCCCAACCUCUUCUGUCAUGCUGACAUCUCCUACACGGGUGCCAUCGCGUCAGCUCUGUUGGGAUUCUUCGUCCCGGGGGUAGUCACUGUCAUCUUCCUGGUCAUAAUAAUCAUCAAGGAAAAGUUCUCCAAACCAACUCACCAUGAGCUUAACAGAAUAGAGAACAAGGUCUUCAGUCUGAAGGUUCUGUCUGGAGCCAACGCGAUCACCCUGUUGAUGUCCCUCCCUUGCUUUGUCCUCAACGUGGGGCUCAGUCUGGGAAGUUGUGGAUCCCUGGAGUGCAUCCAUUGGAUCCUGCCUGUCACCACAGUCUUUGAAUGGCUCCUGUUCGCCAAGUCGGGCAUUCAGCCUGCAAUAUGGCUCAUCAACCCGGACUACAAAACCGCCAUGUUGCCCGUGGUUCGCUUCAUCAGACGACAGCCAGGAAUGGAUACAACGGAACUUGUGGAAGCUGAUGAUAAUUCGGAUGAGGACGAAGCUCCGAACGACGGUCCUGAGGUUCACACACACAAACCUCAGUGUGCAGAGGAAGCACCGCCAGACACGGGAUAUGGAACCAGUUGCUGACUUCAGUUCUGUGGGAAUAGAUUGUUAUAACAUUGACCUGAAUUUCUGUGUUUGUAUGGACUUAGUCGCCGGUGUAACCGACAGAAGUUUUGAGAACAGCCACACGAUUCCAGUCUUGGACUAACACUUGUUUUAGAAUCUUGAAGCAGCUAGGUGCAAUGUCUGGUACAAUGCACCUUGACACGAUACGAUCACGCUGUAGGUAGUUCAGCAUGUUCAUGCACCAGGUAAUAGAAAACCUUUUAGAACACUACGUUAGAGCAGUACUUGUGUUACUCCAGGUAAAACUGAUAUAUAUAGUUCUGUGACACUUCAAGCUCAUCUGAUAUUUAAUGUUCUGUGACACUUCAAGCUCAACUGCAUUUAACUACAUCUUUUGCUUACUGCUUUGGAAUUGACGUGCUUCCUGGUCAGAGCCUGCUUCUGUCCAAAUGCAUGAACCCUCCCUGACCUGGGGAACAAUUAUUAUUUAAGAUACGUUUAUGCUCCGUCUGCACUCACGGACUUCUACGGAGGAAUCUCUGAAGUACAAGGAUGUUCAGUUCUAUUUAUGGAAUACAAAUGUGAUAAGAAUACCAACUCUGACAUGAAGAUGAGAAAGUCGAAGUUUUUCGAUGAGGAUAUUUUAUUCUUACUGUUAUGGGUUACCUAGCCCGUAUUUCAGGAGUGCUUGUAGCGUUAGGGCUGGACUUUGCACAGGGUUAGACGUUGCCCAAUGGGCAUUAGAACCAGCGGUCACGACGGGACCGGGCCCGUACGAUUACAGAUGCCUCAUAACCCAUUCAUCUCAGAGGUGACACAAGCGGAGUGUGAUAUUUUCGAUGAUGUUUCUGUUCUGUUACAAUUGUUGGUUUAUGUCCAGAAUUUAAUGUUUGUUCAUCUCUUGUAUGCGACACACUAUAUUAAAGUAAUGAGUGUAGAUAGAUUGUUCUGCGCCUAAAAUAUUCCGCUUUUACACCCGCAGUUAGCAAAAGGCUAAACCUGGACGUUGCCCAUCUAAUGUGCUUCUUUAUAGUUCAAACCAUGAUAGAAUUGACGGCAUUUUGAACAUAAAUCUAUAACCUGUCCUUGUUAAAGAAAUUGUGUGUUUUUAUUUUGGGGGGAAUUGGGAAGAAAUUGAUUCAGGGAUCGCGUAAUUACCGUUAUAAAGUCGGAUGCGGCUGAGUGAGUGAGUUUAGUUUUACGCCGCACUCAGCAAUAUUCCAGCAAUAUGGCGGCGGUCUGUAAUCGAGUAUGGACCAGACAAUCCAGUGAUGAACAGCAUGAGCAUCAUUCCAUGCAAUUGGGAUACGAUGACAUGUGUCAACCAAGUCAGCGAGCCUGACCACCCGAUCCCGCUGACACGGCUGAGGUAAUUUGUGUUUUCUCAGUUCCCAGAGCUGCAACACAAAUUUCUUUGUAUAUAUGGUUGUAGAUAGUUUUGAAAACCAAAUUUGUUUUUAAUUAGAUCAGCUCAGUUCAUGGUCGAACAAAGAAGACUGACUUCUGUUUUCACAUAUUAUUUUACUACUAUGCAAAAGGUUGGAUAUUCACCACACUAACCGAAGCAUACCUAACAGAUUAGCACUGUGACUUAGUUCGGCAUUGAAAUCCAAAUUCACUUAUUCACAAUGUAUAUAUUCAAAACGCAUAGAGCUAAAAUCCAACAAUAAAGCUUCUACUGGAAAUUAGAGCACAAUCAAUCGCAAUGGAACCCAAGAUAUAGGUACUCUCACAAACUUACCACAUGCAUUAGUUGUCAAAUUACUUUCAGGUUAACGGAGGCAUAUCUUUGUAACGUACCGGUACCAAAAAUAAAAAUAAAAAUAAACGAAACGUAGUUAAAAUAAUGCCAUCGCCAUAGAAUAGCCAGUCUCGAACAUCUGCAGAAUAUGAUUCCAUGGGGCUCAGGUUGCAAAAUGGUAUUGAAAAUUAUAAGAAAGUGUCACUUUAAAUUUGUAAUUACACCAUCUAAGCAUGACAGUUUGCUAGUACAAUGUUUUAUUUCUACGCCCUGUGUCACCUGAACUAAUCCCAGCAUUAGGCUCACACCCACUUAAGCAUGUUCUGCAGCAAGCCUGAUGCUCGGGGACACAAUUACUGUUAUAGCAGCAUAAAUCACUUCCAACACGAAGGUCUCUAUCAGUGUCAAAUGUAGGUCCCAGGGUAGAUUUGCGCUGUCAAGUAAGCAGUGUUGAAUUUCCUACAAUGAUAUUUUCCGUUGCAUUUAAAAGAAGUGUAAAUUUUCUUUUAAAUUGUAGUUAUAUGUAUCGCCAUCACAAUUUCUAUUCAUAUCAUGAAUAUAUAUAUAAUACGAAUAUGCAUUUAUGAAUCACAUAAUGUGUUCCACAUGCUAUGACAGAUGUUCUUAGACAGCGAGCUUGCAAUGUACAUCGUUUUGUCGAAGAUGUGUUGAAAUUUCAAAAGAAAUUGGUAUACUUUGCUUUGCAUAUAACACUAACCGUGUUAAAGAUAAGUUUUCACAACAUGCCGGUUUUUCAGAAAAGUUUGAAUAAAGGUAGUAGGUUUAUAUGAACUGGUCAAAACAUUUUCCACCUUAAAUGUAAUCUGGAUGAAAUAUUUGAAUAAAGGUUGUAGGUUCGUAUGAUCUGGUCAACACGUGUUUCACCUUAAAUUUAGCCUAAUCCGAACAGUUUGAAAAUACUUAAGAGAGAUGGAAUUAUCUCUUGUAAAUAAAAUAUCAUUGUUUCAUCAACGUGUCAGCCGAAAGGAAUGCCAGAAGCGUAUGUAAAAUAUCCUACUUGCACCUCGCUUUACAUUGUUUAGCACAGAUCGAUUCUUCAGCAAUGAUUGUAUUUUACGUUGCAAGAAGCGUAAAUUUCAUGUUUGUACCUGUCUCCAUCCCAAUUACUAUUCACAGCAUGUGUAAGUUUCACAAACCACUAGGAAGUACUGAGCGAAGUACACACAAUGUCAUUGUGGAUGAAAAUGAAACUAAUGACAAAUUGUGAUGUGUUCGACAUAGUUGUUACAGUUGUGUUUUGGACCUUACUGACUGACUGAGUUUGGUUUUACGCCGCUUUUAGCAAUAUUCCAGCAACAUCACGGCGGGGGACACCAGAAAUGGGCUUCACACAUUGUACCCAUGUGGGGAUUCGAACCCAGGUCUUCGGCGUGACGAGCCAACGCUUUAACCAUUAGGCUACCCCACCGCCCCGUUUUGGACCUUAAGACUGCAGUGUUUCGAUAAAUUAAAGUUUUUGAUAAAGGUUGUAAAUGUUUGGUCAACUUCAAUUUUCCUUUCACGUAAAGGUACAUAAUAUUUCCUUUCUUUUUUUCGUCUUUCUUUUUGUAAUUGAAUUGUAUUGGUACAUAACAGUACAGUUCCAACAUGCGCAACACUUAUAGACUUGGGCCUAGAUUUUCGAAGCUCUCUUAGCGCUAAGAUAGUCGUAAGUUAAUGUUAAUGAAUGGCACUUACGACUAUCUUAGCGCUAAGAGAGCUUCGAAAAUCUAGGCCUUGGUUGUUCGUAACUGCUCUUACCAUUCCGCUUGUCAGUAUUGUAAAGAGUUACCUCCCCUGUGCUGUAUUUUUACCAGUCAAUUUAUUGCUGCAUUUUUCCUUUCGGAAAAUGAAUAUUUGUUAUCUGUUUAUUUAUUGCGGUGUUAAGGACAGAAGUCCUGUGUUCACCAUUUGGUGCAUUGUUAUCAGUGUUUAUGAAUACGGAUACUCAUUGUUAUUGGGUAAAUAUUGAGUGGGUGUAGAGGCACGGCGCUGUGCGUUGACUGAUACUUUUCAUGACAAUGCUUGUUUUAUCUUGUUAAUUGACUUGUUGACUUCAAUAAAACGUUUUCUGUUCACAGACA